AUGGCUUUGGUCAACCGGGCUAGUUUACAGACACAUUGCCAGAUGUGCCACGAGCCGAUUGAACCCGCGCCGUCUGGCUUGCAACUCACGCAAUUAACCAUUCAGCCACCCGCCCGUCCCAACGUCGGAGUCGGCAAAGGUUAUGUUGAACUGUGCAAGACAAUCAGGAAGAAAACAAGACAAAAUCUGAGAGAAGCAAACACCAAGAGAAUCAGAGAAGCAGUUGAAAGUGGCAAAGGGUUGAAAAAGAGCACAACAGGAGAUGGAAAGAAGGCUCUGAUUCAAGCACUGAAGGAGAAGGAUGGAAAGGUAAUAACAGACAGAAAAAGAAUCCUCGAGAGAUGUGCAGAAUUCUAUCAGGCACUGUACGAAGAUCACUCCCAAAACAUUCAGUUGAGACCAGCAGAAGAGACUCCAGUAAUCAUGAAAUGUGAAGUGGAGAAGGCAAUCCAUCAGAUGAAAAACGGAAAAUCACCAGGUGAAGAUCUUGUGGUGAUAGAGAUGAUAAAGGCCGGAGGUGACAUCCUAAUGGAAAAACUUCAGCAUCUUUACAACAAAGCCAUUGAGACGGAAAAAGUGCCAAAAGAGUGGAGGAACGCCAUCAUUAUUCUACUCUUCAAGAAGGGAGACAAGAAAGAUCUUGCAAACUACCGCCCCAUCAGUGUUGAGGUCAAUCAAAGAAUCAAUGUCGGAUGGAGAAGAUUCGAGCAAUACAGUCACUUUCUAAAGGAGAAGAACAUCCCAAACAGUUUGAAGAGGAAAAUAAUGGACACUGUCAUUUUACCAUCUAUGACCAGAAACAUGGGCACAAAACAAUCAAGGGAAGCUGGCAGUCACACAAAGGAGCAUGGAGAGGGCAUACUAAAUAUCAGGCUAAAAGACAAGAUCAGGAAUGAAGUAAUCAGAGAGAGAACCAGGGUGAAAGAUGUCAUCCAAACAGCAAAAGAAAUGAAAGGCAGAUGGGCAGAAUGA